AUGCUUGCGGAUGGAACGCCUGCUGACGAUGUGCAAGUGAGUUUGUCUGGUGUAGGUGGAGGCUUUGCGGGUCUUGUUGGUGGGCGAGGCAGCUGCUCAGUCACGCUCACAUCGUCAAAGCACAGGACUGUGCAAAUCCUUAUCUGCAUUGCCGUGUCAAAUGCUGAAGUCAAUUCUUCGCCAGUUCAUGUCAUGCCUCUCGUAUUUGGCCCAUUGACGCUCACCCAAAGUGACCAAGUGCCUUCUGGGGACGAGUUGCUUGAGUUUUAUCGACCACUCGGGCUCCCUUGCUCAAUCAAACCACUUCUGAUUCGAGAACAACCGGAACUGGCCAUCCCAGGCAAGAUUUGGGACUCGGCCUUGUUUGCGUCUGAGCUGGCACUAGAACUCACGCUUCGCCAUCCAACAGACCAGAAUUGCAACAUUCUGGACCUUUCUUGCGGCACGGGCGUAUGUGGUCUAUGGCUCGCAGCCGCUCUCGACACCCGGAAGCGCCACGCAAAGAUCAUUCUUAGUGAUCUUACAGAAGCUCUACCCGUCAUUCAAGCCAACAUUGCUCAGUCAGCGAGUUUUCUCGAUGUCGAAGCCUUGUCUCUUUGUUGGGGCAACAAAGCAGACCUACAGCAACUCGAGGCAAUUUGCACGACAAGGAACGUUACCGCAAUUGAUGUGGUCAUUGCAUGCGACCUGAUCUAUGAGGCUGAACUGCUUCCCGUUCUUGCCAGUACACUCAAGGAUAUUGCAACAAUGUCGCAACGUCCAACCACCAUCGUCAUCGGCUACAAGCAGCGAGGCCUUACUCAAGCUGAAAAGGCCGGCUUGUGGCGUACGUUUGAAGAAGCUUGUGGAUUCAAGGUGGCGAGAAUGCAACAUGUCGCUUGCACGUCUAUGCUCGCAGAGAAGGUCGAGGCCGAUUUUGUCGGGUUGGAGCUGUGGCUACUCACUAUGUCUGGUUGA